AUAUCUUUGGUCUUGUCCCAUUGUCCCUGCGCCAAUUGCCAUCCCUCUACGGGAUAGAAUCACACAACUCUCUCUUUUGCUUCCUUAACUUCUUCACACACACUCUCUCAAUCUUUUCUCACCUUGCAGAUUCAAACUAACAGGAACAAUUUUCUGGGCUAUCACCAUAACAACAACAACAACAACAAGACCAUGAUGCUAGGUGUGGCAACUCUCACUCUAGGCUCAUCAACUGCAAUGGCAGCUCAGAGCCAAGCUCAACACCCCACCACUCUUGCCUCUGUCAAUGCACUCACAGGAGUUAAAAGGCACAGUCUUUCUUAUAGGACUCACUCUUUGCCUAUGAAUUUGGUCUCCCCCACCAAUCAAAAUGUCACCUUGUUCUCUUCCUUCAAGGAACCAACACCUGCUGCUGCUCCCUUUACCACAGCUGUUGCAGCUGUUGAUUCUGACAACCUCAGUUCUUCUGAUCCUGCCACAAAGAAAGAAGCCAACAAGUAUUACUUUGUUAUUGCGAAUGCAAAAUUUAUGCUGGAUGAGGAGGAGCAUUUCAGAGAAGUCUUGUUUGAAAGGCUUCGUCUCUUUGAAGAGCGUAAAAUGGAACAGGAUUUCUGGCUUGUCAUUGAACCUAAGUUCUUGGAUAGAUUCCCUGGCAUUACCAAGAGAUUAGGGAGACCUGCUGUGGCUCUUGUGUCAACCAAUGGUCCCUGGAUCACAUACAUGAAGUUAAGGUUAGACCGAGUUUUAUCAGAAAGUUUUGAGGCUGAGAGCAUAGAAGAAGCAUUAGCCUCCAAUCCUACGAAUCUGGACUUUGGGAAGCCUGAUAAAUGGGUGGCUCCCUAUCCCAAAUAUGAAUCUGGAUGGUGGGAAACCUUCUUGCUCCCUGCACAGAAAGAGGUGUAGUCUUGAGAUUUUUUUUUUCCCAUUCUGUUUCAGUUCUCAAACAUCUUCUUCAAGGGGUUUCGUUCCUGUAUUACUUGAUGGUAGUUGAGGUUGGCUAAAUUUUCAUUCAGUUUUGUAAUUUUUGGAUGGCACAACAAUGAUUUGAAGUUGUAGUAUUGUCCUUAGGAUCGAAGUUCUAGGAAUUGCUUGUCUCUAAAUGGAGUAAAGGAUAGAUAUUGUUAUGAAACCAGUGUUCACAGUUAGUGGAAUUGUAUGCUAAGGCCUGCAGUUUGUUAUA